CUACCUAUUAUUAGGCAGACAUAUGACUCAAAAUAAGGCUUUUGUUGUAAGCAAUACGGUGUUAGUAUCUGUUACUGAUCAAGUAUAAACACUCUGGCAAUCCCAAACUCAAGCUGUCCUCAGAUGUUGAAAGCUGAGGGGCAUGUGAAUAUCAUCAUCACGACCAUGGUAUGGUCUAUGAUGUACAAUUGUUGGCCUUUUAGAUAUCAAACUUGGAGUUCUUUCCUUUGAUGCAUUCUUCUUUAUUAGAAGCAUUCCAUUUGUUUGAAGAAUAGUGUAUUAGUCUGAAUUCUCCCUGUUUUGCUUAUAUUGUAGGAUUUGGCAAGUUGAGCAUGGGCAAUGAAAUGGGUAAUAACAACACGACAUCUGCUCUCAAUGAGGAAGAUAAUUCAAGCGAAGCUGAGAAAAAAACUUUUAAUGAGGAAGUGAGAGCAGAGAGCAAGGAAGGAGAAAGUCAGAAAAUCUCUGCUGCUAAAGGCAGUGAUGAUGAAACAAAAGCUGAUGGAUUGGCUUCAAAUGAUAGGAAUGAACCUGGAAAUGAGACAUUGAAAGGCGAUAUUCUUGGAGAUGGUAAGAAGGGAGAGAAUCAGACAGCCCCAACAUCGGAAGCCAGAUGUCAAAUAGAAGAAACUGCAAUGGCUUCUGAUGAUGCAAUAGUUGAACCUGGAAAAGAUACACUUGAAGAAGACAGUCAUGCAGAUGAUGUAAAAGGGCCAAAUCAAAUGAUCCCAACGGCUGAUAAUGAAAAUGUUGAAGAGAAAGCUAGAGGAUUGACUACUGUUGAAUCGGCGAUCAUGCUUGAGAAUGAUUCACCAAAAAGUGAUACUCAUGGAGAUGUUGUAAUCGUAGAAAGUCAAAUGCCUCCUGCAGUUGAAGUUGAAGAUGUUCUGAAUGAUGAUAGGUCACUGGUUUCUAAUGAUGUGCCAAAUGAGCUUGAAAAUGCCAUAGAGGAAGGAAAUGCCUGUGAAGACGAUAAAAAUGGAGAUCAUCAAAAUCAUCCAUCCACCGAAGGCGAAAUUGUCCAGGAAAAAGCUGCAAGGAUUGAUUUAGAUGACAGAACAAUUGAAGUUCAACACGAAACACAAAAAGAAACUCAUUAUAAUGAUGAACCACGUGAAAAUGCAAUGGAUCCUAUUUCCAGAGACUCGGAUGGUUCAGGAAAAGCUACCAACUUGUCUUCUGAUGAUCAAGCUAAUGUCAAAGAUUCCUUUUCCGAUUCAGGGAAUCAAAUAACUGAAAUCAUUCAACUUGAAAUGUAUCCAAAUGCUGGAAUGGCAGAUAAAGGAGCUGAGAACUGUAAAACCCUGUCAGAGUUUUCGUUGAAAAGUACUGAAGAAUAUGACGGGCAAAUAGAUCUAUGUAAGGAUCAGCCUGUUGCAUAUGAUCACCACCUUGAUGAAGAGUCUUCAAUAAAACAAGAGGAAGAGAACACUGUCGUUUCAACAUCAAAUGAUGUAGAACUUCAAGAAUCAUCACAGAUACAUUCUUUGCAUGUUGAGUUUGGUGAAGUUCUUGAAGAACCAUCACUUCAAGGCAGUGAAUCACUGAAAAGAAGUGAUCUUUCUGAUACUGAUACCCUCCCUUUAAUGGAUGAUGAUAUCAGUUCAGAUAAAGAAAAGGACAGCCAAGAAAACGUGUUAUGUGGAGUCAGCUCUGAAGGCGGAGAAAGAGAUGAAUCAGGAAGUAGAGAGAGACGUGCUUCGGAGAUAACAGAUAAUUUUUCUAGCAUCAAUGAAAAGAGCGAUUGCAGUCUAUUGGCCGAGGCCAAUUGUAUUACCGAUCAUUCUGUGGAUUCACCACCAGAAUCCAAUGAUAUGUAUAAGGGACCACUGUUUGACAGUGAGAAAAUGUGUAAGGAGCUUCAAGAAGACAGAAAAUCGAACCUAAGAGGAUCAGAAAUGGAGAAUUCACAAGAUUUUCAGGCUGACAUCAUCAAUAGAAGGUCUAAUGGAGAAGAGAAUGUAGUUCUUGCUGGGGUUGUUCAUGGGAUAGGCGAAACAGAUCAAGUUGAGGAAAAAUUUACUGAGAAUGGACACCGAUUUGAUGCGUGCAUUAAUAACAACACAAAUUCAAAUGAAAUCAGCACUACUCUAGUUCAACAAGGUUUUAUGGUUCCUGAAGCUGAAGGAGAUGGACUUAUCCCAGGCCCAGCAGUUGUAAAUUGCAGACCUGAACAGGAAAAGAAUUAUGAGGAGAAAGUUCUUGACGAAAUAGAGAAAAGGCCAGAGGCUAAGCCGUUAAAAGACUCAGAUGGGAACGACAUGUCAGAACAAUUUGACUCUCAUCUUUUAACUUCAGGUCAAAAAGAAUCUCAGACCCUGCAGAAUUCUUGUUCUAUGUUACCUAUACCUAGACAUCAAGACGACAAUGUCAGCCAAACCAAGAUCUUUACUUUUGCCAACCUGCAAGCUUCAGAUCACCAAGAGGGCAACACUGAUUCUUCAAAUUUGACCAUGCCAGCUCUGGACAUCGUCGAUAAUGAAGCAUUCGAGAAAGAAGAGAAGGACUAUUCCCAACAAGCAGAAGCAACAUCACCAAAAGAAGCAGAAAUAACAACUUCAAAGGCCAAUCUGUCCGGUACACCGCUUCUUAACAAUCCUGUAGUUGCAAAUGGAGGUUAUGAAGUUAUGGAAAGUACAACAAGGUAUAGCACGGAAUCAAACCCUGAGAAUCCAAAUAUCUCUUGUCUGAUGCAAAAAUCUCCAAGUUUCAAUCUCAAUCUCCGAAUAGAAGCGACAAAAGAAGAAUCGGAUCACAUUCCGUUGCUUCAUCAGGGCAAGACUGCAACCGAAAGCUCGUCAAACCAGAGCAAUCUAAAUCUUGAGCCUUGCGCUGAAUAUGAACGAAGCAUAUCUCUGCAUGAAGAAAUGCCAGUGGAGGAGAAAAUAGUGACUAUGGAAAGAAGUUACUCUGAGAAAUUCCAUGCCCCAUUCUUAGGUCUGUUGAAAGAAGAAGAAGAAGCUCAUCUUCUAGUCAUGCCAAAGAAACAAGAAAAACAAGAUGGAACAGUGAAGGAGGUGAAAGAAAUGGAGUAUGCUUCGCCUAAAGGAAAAGAAAAACGCAAGCCAAGGCCUUCGCUCUUCAGCAGCUGCAUGUGUUGCAUGACUUUGACAAACUAAAACACUCAUAUACCAAUUGCUUAUGCGCCUGUUUCGGUUUUUCUGCUUUGUGGUGCUGAGUUCUACUGCUGAUUGACUUCUUUUUUUCUUUUUCAGUCUUUUCUGAAACAGAUUUUACAUGUGAAAUUCUGAAGAGAUAUUGGUUUGCAGAAUGGUGAGAUGAGUUAAGUUUGAAGUUUUUUGGGAGACAUCAAAAGGUGGGAAGAAGAGUGGGGAUUUUAUUACUGAGGCAUCUUGUCUUCAUAUCUGUACUAAGAAGGAAAUGCCAUGUUUGGUACAUUUACGAAAUUUAUGGUUGUUUCAUUUUAAGCGGUGCUUAGUUUAACCUUUUGGUGGCAAAAAACAA